UCUAACACUAAAGCUGAUAUGGAUAUAGGACAAAUUACUGUAACUGAAAUGCAUAAUUCAGAAUCUGAGAAAAUAUAUGAAUUAGAGAAAUCUAACACUAAAGUUGAUAUGAAUAUGGGCCAAAUUACUGCAACUGAAAUCUAUAAUUCAGAAUUUUUUAAAUCAUUUCUUGAAACAAUCAAGAAUGAUUAUGAAAAUGGUGGUUCACAACUCCAAGCUUCUCUUGAAAAGUUAGCUGAACAGUAUAAUUCAGCAAAAGCCAAGUCUAUCCUAGUGCUAACAUCUUUUCUUCAUAAUAUAAAACCUAAUAAUGAUCUGCUUGUACGUAUAAAGAGUGGUGCAAGAAUUCAUGUUCAAAUUGAGUCUGUGAAAUGUAGAAAAACUGGACUGAGUACAAAAAAUUCUAAAGAAAAUGUUGAUCCACAUAUUAUUCCAGCAUGCAAAGUUCGGGCAGUUAGUAAAAAGAAGCAUAAUAUUAGUCAAAAUAUUAGCAAAAAUCAAAUAAAUUGA